CUUCGCCCCAUUUCUCUCUCCUCUUUUCCGACCUUCUCCCCCCACAACCUGAAACCAAUUGCUCUUGUUUUCUACAAUUCAAUUACCCACCACAAUGUCCUCCAUCCUCGCCAUGGCUGGCCGCCGGGCUUUUGCCCGCCAGGCCACCUUCCGCGCCCCUCCGCGCCGUCUCUACAGCUCCAAGAUGGAGGAGGGCAAACUCGAGUCCGGUGCUCGCCGUGACCCUGAGCUCUACGUUCUGCUCGGUGUGAUGUCGGGUGCUUUCCUGAUUGCCGGCUGGUACUUCGGCACCAAGCCCACCACCAUCAGCUCCGAGGAGAGCAACGUCCGCAUCGCCGAGAGCGCCAUGCCCUGGAAGGCCGACCACGAGGGCAAGGUCUACAAGUACCAGUACCACCCUCACGGCGACAAGAGCCAGCCUCUGCGCAAUGCCCCCAGCGCGAUGAACACCGUCAUCGUGCCCGACGUCACUCUGCCUGAGGACCUCCACGAGCGAUUCAACAAGUACGGCAAGGAGGAGUGGGACUACUAAAUCCUCUAUACUAUACCAACGUGACCCGUACGGGCGGACGAAGAGAGUGUGUGUGGGGUGACAGGGGGAGUGGAGUCAAUGCUGUCAAUGGCUAGAUGUUGUACACUAAAACGCACCGCGAAGAACGAGAACUGAUCGCGGAAGAGAGCGAUCGGAAGGAAGGAGGAGGAUUCUGUGCAUAGUACGUUUCGUUUGAUGGGAAUUUUGCGAAGAUUUAUUACUUUUUUUUUUUCUCUUUCUUUUUGGUUUAUUUUGCUGCGGUGCAGCUAUAACUUGCUCUUUGGGUAUAUCGGUUUAAGGGCCCAGUGUGUGUAAUUUUGACGGGCAAUAGUAGGCAGUCAGUCUCAGGUACCUCGGAUCCAGGAAUCGGAUACGAUUGUCAUACUUGACUAGGGCCAACCGAUUAAUCGACCAUUUCAAAUGAGACUAUUGAAAGGACAGA